CGGAUUCUUCUUUCAUCCGGGCUGCCCGCCGUUGUCCCAGCCGCGCUAGCAGGACCCGGCCGGACCUGCCACUUUGCGAGCCAGUUGCGCCAUGGAUCCUUCGGAGAAGAAGAUAUCGGUGUGGAUUUGCCAGGAGGAGAAGCUGGUGUCUGGCCUUUCCCGCCGCACCACUUGCUCGGACGUGGUGCGGGUACUCUUGGAGGACGGCUGCCGGCGGCGACGGAGGCAGCGACGCAGCCAGCGACGGGGUUUGGCGGGCGACCCACCGGGCUCCGGGGAGCUGGCCGAACCCCCAGACGAGAACGAGGAGGACGACGACGACUCGCUGCCCCCGCAGGGCAUGCUGUGCGGGCCCCCGCAGUGCUAUUGCAUCGUGGAGAAGUGGCGCGGCUUUGAGCGCAUCCUGCCCAACAAGACGCGCAUCUUGCGCCUCUGGGCCGCCUGGGGCGACGAGCAGGAGAAUGUGCGCUUCGUGCUGGUGCGCAGCGAGGCGUCGCUGCCCAACUCGGGGCCCCGCAGCGCCGAGGCGCGGGUCGUGCUCAGCCGCGAGCGCCCCUGCCUAGCCCGGGGAGCCCCGGCGCGGCCCAGCCUGGCCCUGACCCAGGAGAAGCAGCGGCGGGUGGUGCGCAAGGCCUUCCGCAAGCUGGCCAAGCUCAACCGGCGGCGCCAGCAGCAGCCGUCGUCGCCCUGUUCGUCCACUUCGUCGUCCACCGCCUCGUCCUGUUCGUCGCCACCCGAGAGCGCGUCGGUGGAGCGCAUGGAGACGCUGGUGCAUCUGGUGCUCUCCCAGGACCACACGAUCCGCCAGCAGGUGCAGCGGCUGCGGGAGCUGGACCGCGAGAUCGACCGCUACGAGGCCAAGGUGCAUCUGGAUCGCAUGCGGCGUCAUGGGGUCAACUACGUGCAGGACACUUACUUGGUGGGGGCGGGCAUCGAGUUCGACGGGUGCAUCCCGGGAGAGCAGCCUGAGGAGGUGCCAGGCUCGGAGAAGGAGGCGGGGGCGCCCCUGGACGGCGAGGCGCAGGCGGCCGCCCUGGAGGAGCUGGCCCGGCGCUGCGACGACCUGCUGCAGCUGCAGGAACAGCGGGCCCAGCAGGAGGAGUUGUUGGAGCACCUCUCCACCGAGAUCCAGGAGGAGCUCAACCAGAGGUGGAUGCAGCGUCGCCAAGAGGAGCUGGCGGCGCGGGAGGAACCUCCAGAGCCCGACAGCAGUUCAGACGGCGAGCUGCUGCUGGAGCAGGAGCGGGUCAGGACGCAGCUCAGCACCAGCCUGUACAUCGGGCUCCGGCUGAACACGGACCUGGAGGCCGUCAAGGCGGACUUGGAUUACAGCCAGCAGCAGUGGGACAGCAAGGAACGUGAGCUGCAGGGCCUUCUCCAGACUUGGCGCACUUUGGAGCAGACACUGGUUCAGGACGGGGCUCCCGACUCUGCGGGACCCUCUCGGGAAUCCCAGACUCCCGCCUGCGCGGACAUGUGGGUGGACCAGGCCCGUGGACUGGCCAAAAGCUGUCCCGGCAAUGAUGAGGAUUCAGAUACAGGGCUCAGCUCAAUGCACAGCCAGGACUCGGACUCAGUACCCGUGUGCGAAUCCCUUGUGUAAGAAAAAACGGGGAGGGAGACGAGACCUACACAUUUCCCUAACGGCACGCAGUGGUCUGGCCAACUCAGGGAUGUGAAAUCGGGCUGGGGUGGGGGGCCCAGAGCUCCUGCCGCCCGGCCGGCCGGCCCGCCCCGCAGAGCUCGCGCUGGUUCCCUCCGGGAAUGGGGGAAUGGUAUGGGACACCUGCUUGACUGGGUGAUGUUCUGACUCCGGGGUGAGUGUGGAAGAGGGCGAGAGACUAGGAAGCUGGGUGUGCAUUCUUUUAAGAAAAAAAAGUGAAGAGGUGAGAACCUUCCUAUAUUAGAAAACAAACACCCCAGGGAGAUCGACGUGGUCCAAGCCCAUUUUCAGAACAAGAGAAAAGUAUUAAGGAGAAUUCACUAUUCUUCUAUAUGGGAAGGACUGAUAGCUGCUAGAACUGUCGUUUAUGGCAGACACAAAGCGCUCUUAAACACUUGGAUGAAAAGGAAAUUCCUUGAAUGUUAAUUGUGACUGUAAACAUGUUAAAACUAGCCAAAGAGGACGCACUGGUGUUGGUCCCAGCCUUGCUUAACAUCUUUGAU